UAAAGGACGGAGUUUAUACACUAUUCUUAAUUUUAGUCCAAAGAUAAAAUAUAACGACAAUUAUACACAAUUAGAACCUAAGGUUAAAAACGUCGAUAUGGCAGAAUCUGAUUUACAUGAAGAGAUUCAACUCCUUGAAGAGAUUUACAUUCAUGAGCUUCAAGUUGAAAAGGAUGAAGAGGGGCGUGCAGUACGGAUGAUUCUGCAGCUUACACCAGCCACCGGCGAGGACCUUGACAAGAUGUUUGUGUGUAUGACCUUGCUGCUAGACCUACCUCACCAGUACCCUGAUAUACCUCCUGAGUUUACCAUUAAAAAUCCACGUGGUAUUGGGGAGGAGGAAAUACAAAGUUUAGUGGAGGACAUGCAUGCUUUGUGUGAAGAAAGGAGAGGGGGCCCUGUUUUGUAUGAACUGAUUGAGCUAGCGAAGGAAAGUCUCACAGCUGGCAACACGCCCCACUGCGCCUGCAUGAUCUGUCUAGAGCAUUUCCUGGAGGGCGAGAAGUUCACGAGAACGCAGUGCUAUCACUACUUCCAUGAGAGCUGCCUAGGCCGCUAUGUGCAGCACGCCCUCAACAAAACCCCUGACACUGUACCAGCACACACAGCCGUCGCUGACCUCCAGAGAAACAAGUUGUUGUGCCCUGUAUGCCGAGAGGAGAUCAGCUACUCUGCAGCUUGUGAGGACGUGUCUAGCACGGAGCAGGUCCCUCCCUUCAUCCUAACAUCAGAACUGAGGGCCAUGCAGCAAGCCAUGUCAGCCGCCUAUGAGAGGCAGCGAGCACUAGGGGGCAUUAUUGACUUGGAGGCAGAAAAAAACAAAUACCUUGUGAAAGAGGAUGAUGUUGUACUGAUGUCUAUUCCAAAGAGUGAUGGGAUAACUAUGGAGGCAGAGUCAACUCCAGGACGACAUGAAGAACAGGAUAAGCAGCCUACCGGCAGGGGACAGACUGCUGCUCCAGGAGCCAGUAGGGGGGCCAAUGGACAGCAGGAGCGGACACAUAGGAAAGACACCUACAGGAGUAACAAGUAUCGUCCAGACAGAUAUAACAGAGGGAAUAAAGACAAUCAUCCAAAAAAUAGAACGGAUUUCAAACCAAGGUCCAGUGAAGGAUCUAGAAAUGAAGGAGCUGCUUGUGGAAUAAAUAGUAGGCUCACAACCAGCUCUGGUAAUGAUAAACCUCCCGAAAAUACCUCAGAAGAUGGAAUUGUCAAAUCCAGUUAUGAUAGUACUAAACAAGACAGACCACCUAAGAAAUAUCCAGAUAAACACUCAACAGGAUACUAUAGCACAAGGCGUGGUAGUGAUAGCACUACAAGACCUGUUAGUAGUAAAAGACCUGGUAAUGAUAAUAGACGCGGCUACAAUAACAGACCUAGUAGCAAACCUAACUGCAAUACUGCAGUUGGUGAUAGUGACACUCCAGAGCAUCUUGAACAUAGACGUUUGGAUGUGAAAUCUGAUCCAUUACAUGAACUGGAAAACAACAAAGAUGAAAAGUCUUUUAAUUCAAACAAAUAUGAACAUAAAAGUGAUUUAAGGAAAGGUCCUGAUGUUGAGUAUCACAAAAGUUCUUAUCAUCGCCAAAGAAUUUUUGAAAGGAGCCAGCCAAAGACAGACAUAUUAACAAGUGCAACUGAAAUUCAAAGCAAAUCUGAAGUGGAUGGUAAAAUGGUUCAAGAUAAUGAUGAAAGUCAUCCAAGACACCAGGAGAGUCGACAUAGACGUAAACCACAUAACCAUCAAAAAAAAGAAAAUGUGCAACAUUUUGAAAGGAAUAAUAACCAAGCUGAGAAAAAGCUAACAAAAUUACCAAAAUCUAAUGUAAAUGAUACCAAUAUAAGAACUGUUGUUGCUGUGACAAGUGACCAUGGUGCAUCCCCAGCUAACCUGGGCCCGCCACCUGGACUAUCGGUGCAGCCCCCACCAGGCAUCACUGACCAGGCCUACACACGCACUAUCAAACCUCCACCAGGCUUUUCAUGAUAACAAUUGGCAAUUCAUAGUAUCUGUUGUGCUUAUUAUAUAGUACUUAUUUUAUAUCAUUUUGAGGUAUUUCACUAACUUAACUUGAUUAAUUGCUUGUGUGUGCAAGUUUAAGAGAAUGUGUUUUAAGUUUUUGUUCACUAAUCUUUGAAUUAAUGUUAUUUGCACAAUUGUUACUUUGAUUAACUGUUAAUUGAUGAGCAGGCUUGCUAAAAGUUGGAUGAAGCUGUCACAAUGGUCGAGUGCAUUUGUGUGCCUUCAAGCAUAUUACUUGCCUGGACUAAAAUGUCAUUCAUUGUGAAUAAAUUAAUACCACAAAUGUUCACCAUGACAAGACGUGGCAUGUCACACCCAUCUCCCUACAUCAAUGGUCAAGGCUACACUUAUAGGUAUAAAGUAAAAUUUGAUCAUUAACAGUUUUUAGGACUGAAAAACUAUUUCAUUAAGAUAAUGCAUAUUAAUAAUUACUUACCAUAAAGAUCCAACACGAGGAGCUGAUGUAUCAUGAGGAAGAUACUGUCCACCUACUUAAAGGUCAAAGAUUUACAUGAAUGUCCUAGGUUUAAUUUUACCAUAUAACAUCUUGUUAGACUAUAACUUCAUCACCCAUCAUACACUUUCAAACAUUUAUUACACAAUUCAUGUUAACCAUGUGGAGAUUGUGUGUCAUGGUUACAAUUGCCUUCCUACCUCAAAGAUGAAGGUCACACUUAAAGGUCAAAGGUUAAAAUUAAGCUUUAAACAUUUUUUUCCAGACUGUUUUCUUGUCAUUGUGCAAUUUAAAAAUAAUUUACCACAAUUGUUCACCAUAUGGAAACAGCAUCUUUCUAGCCUCAAAUAACAUAACCUACCACACAUGUUGGCCAUAAGCAGAUUGCUUGUCACCUCUACAAUCUGUCCCAUAGGUAAAAGGCCAAGGUUGCACUUACAUUCAAAUGCCCACUUUGAGCAUAAUAUAGAAUGUCAGGAUUGUAACUUUCUCCUGUAUCAAGGCAAUUUUUUUGUCAUUCGCCAUAAAUGUUAACCAUUUAAAGGUGUUUCAUGUGCAAGUCCUGUGCCCCAUUAGUAAUUGUCAAGGUGGCACUAACGGUAAAGAACCAAACAUUACGGUGCUGCUUGUUAAAUAAUGACAGGCUCUAUUUACCAUUGGCUUGACAUGUUGCCAAAUGGCAUCUACUUCUGUUAAGUAGACAAAAUAUACAUUCAGAGAAUAAACACAUUAUAGUUCAGAAUUCCUUGAGCAAAUAAGAAAUAUUAAUAUCAAAUGGAUAUGGUGUUUGCCUAGCUACCAGGAGAUCAAUUGAGACCUUUUGAGCCUUCUAAAGAUCUAACCAAAAACACUUACGUACUAGGUCUACCCAGUAAAUGGACUCAAGGUUGUCAAUAAGCCUUCUGCUUUCGAUGCAAUCUAGUGAAAAUAAUUCCUGUUGAAUGAGGCAGCAUGGUACCUGAGUAUCUGAGAAAGGCACUGAUGUUGAGAUUACCUCGCUGUAGGCGCAGGGAUAUAGUUUUGGCAUUGUCUAUCUCCAGUCCUUCCAUUCAUCCCUUAUUUUUAUGCACCCGGAUCGAAUGAUCAGGGGUAUAUUGUCUUUGGCCUGUCUGUCAUUGUAUAUGUGUGUCUGUUUCAAACCUUGGUCAUAACUUUUGUAAUAUUGAAGUUGUUAACUGAUAUUUGGCAUGCAUGUGUAUCUCCUGGAGCUGCACAUUUUAAGUGGUGAAAGGUCAAGGUCAUCCUUCAAGGUCAAAGGUCAAAUAUAUGGUUCGAAGAGCAGUAGAGGGGGCAUUGCGUUUCACAAACACAGCUCUUGUUAAGGGAUAUAUCUCAGAACCUAUAUAAGAUUUCAACAUGAAACUUCAUGAUAGUAUACACAUGUAGAUAUCAAUAAGGCAAAGUGUCCUCCACAAGAUUCCUAAUUCUACACUAUUUGAAACAAGAGUAAUAGCCCUUUGUGAUUUGGCAGUGGAUAUCAAAUUAGCUUGUCUUAUUUAUGAAAGGGGUUUGGGGGUAAAUAUACAUUUUCCUUGAUUAUUGCUACAUGCAUGUGUUGCCAUGUUUAUCUGUUUAGCCAAGUUGUUUUAAUAUCCAUAAUGCUGUGCAUAAUUAAAAAUUGAAAAAACUGAUUUAGUCAGACAUUGGAGACGAAGGAUUUAUACCUCAUUUAGGUCCUGUUUCUGGCACACAGCACUUGGUAUGUCAGCUCUUUAUGGUCACUUGACCAUCCAAGCUGGAACAAGUAAGCUCAAUACAAGCUUGUCCAUUGCCAAUUCAUCCAAUUGUCAAGAGCAUAUUUAAAAUGCAUUCUCUGUUUUUAUUGGGCAUUUUGGAUUCCUUUUCCAAUAUGGACUGUUCAAACAAGUCAUUUACAGAACGAAAACACCCCUUUCCUCAAUGCUUACAUGAAAGGUAUUAAUAUUACAUUAAAAGGGCCUAUGAAUGAAGGAUUGAAAUGGUCUUUAAUAUAAUAAAAUGCCUUAUUUAUACAUUAGAGCAUUAUAAUUGUACAUAUUUGUGCGCACUUGAAAUAGAUACAAUUCCUUCUUUACAACACCGAGUCUCAUGAUAACGAAAUACAGGGUUUCUGACACUUUUGUUGGCAGCAAACAAAAUAUAACACAAUAAUAGGUUUUUGUCUCUGAAAUGAAUAUAAUGCUUUUUAAACCUUAUUUGAAACGUUACUACAUCUUUUAAAUUGAUUUUGCUCAAAAUCUGUUAGUUUGUAUCAAAUCUUAUUUGCUAUACCUGUUUUUUGCAUGUAUCACCAUUUAGCCAGUUAAGCAAUUAUGUAAGUUUGAUCAGUUUUACAAUGUAAGCUUUAUUGACUUGAAAGUGAAUCAAGAAGAAUAUCAUGAAAAAUAAAUAUGACUGAUUG